GUGAUCACACUGGUCACACUGCUAGCACGGACAAAAAAAAGUUUUAUUUAUUGGCAAUUUCCAGGACACAAUUUAUAAUUUAUUGAAUAGGACGUAAAUAGAAAGAGUGCAGUUCUCAAACGCAGCGCAGCGUGCAGUGCGGAGCGUUUCGAAUCCGAUUUCAGUUACGAGUGUGUGUCCCGUCCCCACAGCAAACCCACAGCACAGUCGCGGCACCAUGAGCGUGUUGGCGUAUCCACGUACAAACGAUGAGGAGAUUUUUCGUCACUGCACAAAGGAUUGUGGCGUCGUUACGGCCACGGAGGACUUCCAGUAUUUCGCCCUGCGCUGCAUAUUUUGCAGCGAAAAGUUUCUUUACUUUGAUUCAUUCAUUAGCCACAUGCAAACGGUGCACCUGGGAACCGAGGGGCACAUACCACCCACACCCAGCCUCACCCUCAGCUUCGGUGAGCCCAUGUCCUUGUCGAUGGACGAGGAUGCCCUGCACGAGGGCAUCCAACAUAGAAAUGGCCACCACUUUGACGAGAUCGAAGACUUGACCGAUGCGGACACAGCUCUGCUAGAGCCACAAAUGGUCAUCAAACAGGAGCUGCCCGAGCCCCCGUUUAGCGACGACGACGACGACGGUGAUCCCGAGCACGAUGAUGAUGACGAUGAUGUGCUCCGUUUGCCCGCAGACGAAGACGACUCGGAGGCCAUUGACGACGAAGAGGCCAUCCUGCCCGAGAGCGAUAUGCCCUCAAUCAUACCGAGACCUCGUCCCCGCAUGAAGGUGACCAAGCCGCGUGUGGAUGUCAAAAAUGAACCAAUCACCGCCGACGGUGACUCGUCGAUGGAUGAGUAUGGCGACCACGAUCCGAGCUACAUGGGCGACAAUGAUCAUGACAAUUCAGGCGAAUACUUGGACUACAGCGGCGGCAGCAGCAGCUUCAAUGCGGCACCCAAUCACACCUUCCCCGGCAACGAAUCAACUGAUUUUCUCAGCUACGACGAGAUGGUCGAGGAGUCCCUGCUGGGGCGGGAUCGUGAGCUGACGAUGCACAUCAAGGAUCGAAAGAUGAUCCAAUUUCUCAUACAAUCAUAUCAGCGCAAUCCUUUCCUAUGGGACCACAGUGACGCUCAGUUCCGUGAUCGGGUGAAGCGGGCCCGCUUCCUCGAUUGGAUUGUGCUCGAGUUUCAGGGGCGUUUCAAUAUCUCCCUGGCCAAGGAUGCCAUCACCAGGAAGUGGGACAAUCUGCGCACCGUCUACAAGCGCGAAUGCAAUCGAAUGGCCCUCGAGAAGACAAACAUCAGUACGCUGUGGUACUUCAAGGAGCUGCACUUCCUCAACGAGGUCUACAGCUACAAUUCCAAAAUGUCUGAUGCUGUUGUCAAGGAAACAUCAUACCGUCGGCGAUUUUCAGCAAUUUGGAACGACACAUCGACUGCGAAAUUGCUGAGCAUGGUGAAGCGGUAUCAGUGCUUCUAUAAUCGCUUCGAUCCGGACUACCGCAGCAAGGAGCGUCGCGGCGAGGGUCUGCACCAGAUGGCCAUCGAGCUGCAGCAGCUGAUCGAUGUGAGCACCAUACAGAUCUCGAAGCGUAUUUCGCAGCUGCGCUUUGACUACUCCAAGCAGAAGCUGGAGCGACUUAAUUGCGAUCGUGCGGGUCGCAAGUUUAUACCGAAUUACAUCUACUACGAUCAAAUGAACUUCAUGGAUGACGACAUACCGCCGUUCAAGUGCCAGCAUUGUGCCGAUAUUGUACAGACGUUGCGCGAACUCGAUCUCCACAUGCUCACCCACCAGCCGAUCCUCGGCGGCGGCUACUAUUGCAAUGUGUGCAAUAUUCAGUUCAGCAGCGCCGAAGAGUUCGAAAGCCACAAGCAGUUGCAUCUGGGUGCCGCCGGCUCGGAGGGUAAAUUCAACUGUGAACUGUGCACGGCCAGUUUCCGGGAGAAGUCCAACUACGAUGAGCAUUUGCGGCGCCACAACGAGGAGCUGUUUCUGCCAACUCUGGCGCUCAAUCUCAAUCACAGUAUACUGGAAUCAUCGGGACCCGCCGAUUCUGGCUCUGGUUCGGGCAACGGUCGUAAGCGGCGCCGCCGAAGCGCUGUUCAAUCUGCUGACGAGAGUGUCGAGGACCAUGAUGACCAGCAGGACGGACAAGGUGACGGAGAGGUGAAGCCUUUUGGGUGCGGUGUAUGCCAACGUAGCUUCGCGACGCCCGGCCACCUCAAUGCCCAUCGCAUUGUGCAUCAGGAUGAGCGGGAGCGGUCGUACAAGUGCGACUAUCCGCAGUGCAACAAGUCAUUUAUGGCCCGCAACAGCCUGUUCGAGCAUCUGAAGUUGCACUACAGCAACGAGGAGUUCAAGUGCGACAUCUGCGGCAAGACCUUCAAGUCCACAAAGAAUCUGCAGAAUCACAAACAGAUCCACGACAAGGUAAAGCGAUAUGUCUGCCAGAUAUGCGGCUCGGCAUUUGCCCAGGCCGCCGGUCUCUAUCUCCACAAGCGGCGACACAAUCGUCCCAAUGGUGCUGUCGGCGCUGUUGGCCGAUCGGGUCGUAGUAGUCUGUGAGAGGGACGAGAUCGGGAUCGGAUCAAAACCAAGGCUGGAUCUGUUCGCAGUCGUGGACGGGGUCGUGGAAGCGCCAGUGGUCGUCAUGUCAAAUAGAUUCUUAAGCAACUUUCAACGUCCUUCAAUUUGCCAACUAACAAGGCAGCUAGCUAGUUUUUUUCAUUAAUUUAACUUUAGCUACCACUUAUAAUGUAUUUUACACUUAUUUAAUAUUAGUUUAAUUAGGCAUUUAGGUUGUUCAACUGAGCGCUGGUACCUGCGGUACUUAAACGAAAAGUAUUCCCACCACCAAUACAACAACAACGCAUCAACAUCACCAGCACCACAAUACAAAUCAACACCACAACAAAAACCAGCAACAAAAUCCUUACACCCCUUCCCCCCCCCCCCCCCCCCCCCCCCCCCCCCACCCCACCACUCACAUUCGAACUAUAUUUAAGCUUAAAGUUUCGUACACUUUUUCCUUCCAUCAACAUCAACAACAACAUUAACAAUAUAUGCGAAGUGCGAUAUUGUACUUAUGUGCAUGCUGGGGCAGGCAUGACAGAUCAGAUCAGAUUCGAAUUAUAAUUAUAUAUUAUAUGCAUUAUUAUACAAACAUAUACACAUUCCUAAGCCCCCCUCCCCCCGAAAGGCCCCCACCCACUCCAAUUGCGCGCCGAAACAUUCCAGAACUAAGUAUUUUAUAUAAAAAGUAUUCUAUGUAUCGUAACUAUGUACGUAUUAUGGAUAACGAGCGAUGGACCCGAUCCUAACUCUAACAAUUAUCAGCAAUAUUUAAUUGUAUAAGUUCUACACAAAAGCAACACCAACACCAUGUACAAAAUGUUUAGGUAGCCCAUCAGGCAUCAGAGAAUCCAAUAAGAUGGAUUACUAUAGAUGAAGGAUAAACGCAAAAUGAAUUGCAUUCGAUUGAACUUUUAGAAUUGUAGCUUGAAAUUUUUACAUUUUAAAUAUUUUAAAUUAUACAAAUUGGAAAUCUGUUUUGUCUGAA